AUUCAGGCACGAUACCAUCUGCCGAGUACCUAGAAACAGUUCUCAUUUGUCCUCACUUCGUCUCCAUGUCAGCCACUAGGAUGAACAGAGCGCCUAUACGCGUGGCUGUGCGUGCCAAGGGGCCUUUAAGCAUCCCUACAGAAGCUGACAUGCUGCGGGGCACGUAGGCAGCUAUGGUGUGUCUGUCACAGCUCUGAAACGUCGUGUCGUGUCGUGUUUAUAUCUGGUCUCCUCCCUCUUUAUCUACAAAACCCCCCCUCGCAACCGUUCUUUCCCCCUCGCACACAGCAAGCACACAAGCAACAUGGCCGAAACCACGACUACCCCCGUCGCCCCCAUCGACGAUGCCAACGCCGGAAAGCGGGCUGAGCUCCGCAUGACGAUGUUGAAGAAGCUGCGGCCAUACCCACUACGGCACGAGUGGGUGUUCUGGCACGAGAAGGACGACCCCGACGCCUCCCCCGAGAAGUGGGACGACCGACUCAAGGAGAUCGCGCAGAUCAGCACGGUGCAGAGCUUCUGGCAGGUGUUCAACAACACGCCGUUCACGAACCUCACGCUAAAGGAGUCGCUGCACCUGUUCAAGAAGAACGUCAAGCCGCUGUGGGAGGAUCCAAGGAAUAAGAAUGGUGGCGCGUGGACAUUCCGUGUGCCCAAGGCGCAGAGCCAUGAGUUUUGGAAGGAGGUGCUCAUGAUGGCCAUUGGGGAGAUCCUGCAGGAGGUCGUCGAGAAGGGCGACGAUAUCUGCGGUGUUAGCAUCAGUGUUAGGUUCAAUUCUCAUCUCAUCCUGGUGUGGACUAGAGAUGCGGAGAAUGAGAAGAGCCGCGAUGCGAUCCUCGCAAAGGUAAUGGAGAGUCUCCCUGAGGAGAUGAGGCCACAGCCUAGCAGCCCGUAUUACAAGAAGCACAACGAUCACAAGAACUACACUCCUGCCGCAAAGUGAGGAGGGGACGACGUGGCCGGGGACGCAAGAGCUGGGGGGUGGAUGGGCGGAUGACUGGAUAACUGGAUGGGUUUCUUUGUGUCGGGAUUGCGUGCAUUGCGGGAUAUAUCUUUGUUUGGAUUUGUUUGGAUUUGUCAUUAUGCCUGCAACUGCUGCUAUUGUGGUGGAGAUACCGAACAAGAAGUUCAACAUGGUUGUCUAGUUGUUCGUUAUAGAGUUCAUGAAUCCGAUACGGUUGCGUGUCAUGUAUUCUUAGAUACCCGAACAAUGUAGGAUGGUCGUCAUGAUAUCGAUGAC